GAUGUUUCAUAUCAACUCAUCCCUUUUUCGUCACUCCAAUAUAUGUAACACACAUAUUAUAUUUAUGAAUCAGGUAGCAAUGGAAUCCAAAAGUUUCACUCAGGAUGGCACUGUUGAUCUUCAUGGACGCCCUGUGCUUGCUGCUAAGACCGGAAAAUGGAAAGCUUGCUCUUUUCUAGUCGGCUACGAAGCAUUUGAGAGAAUGGCUUUCUAUGCAGUUGCUUCUAAUCUAGUAGUUUAUUUAACAACACAGUUUCAUGAAGAGACAGUCCCUUCUGUAAGAAAUGUGAACAAUUGGUCAGGAUCAGUCUGGAUUACACCAAUCUUGGGAGCCUAUAUAGCCGAUUCCUACUUGGGUCGAUUCUGGACCUUCACAAUAUCAUCUCUCAUUUAUGUCGUGGGAAUGGUGCUGCUGACAAUUGCAGCUUCAGUAAAAUACUUGAAACCAACUUGCGAAAAUGGAGUAUGCAACAAAGCUUCCACUUCUCAAAUUGCAUUCUUCUACUCAGCUUUAUACAUAAUUGCAGUUGGUGCAGGCGGAACAAAACCAAACAUAUCAACAUUUGGUGCUGAUCAGUUCGACGAUUAUGACCCCUAUGAAAAAAAACUCAAGGGAUCAUUCUUUAACUGGUGGAUGUUUAGCUCUUUCGUUGGAGCUUUAAUGGCUACUGUUGGUCUUGUCUAUAUUCAAGAAAAUUUGGGAUGGGGAUUAGGCUAUGGCAUACCAACUGUAGGCCUCCUAAUCUCACUUUUGAUUUUCUACACUGGAACCCCAUUGUACAGGCACAAAGUAAGAAAAUCGAGUAGUCCUACCGGAGAUUUGUUUAGAGUUGCUGUUUCGGCUUUUGCAAACAGGAAGCUUGAGCUACCAAUAAAUUCAUCAGAGCUUCAUGAAUUUGAGCCUCAACAUUAUAUAGAUACUGGAAAACGCCAAGUCUAUCACACUCCAAAUUUCAGAUUCUUGGAUAAAGCAGCAAUUCGAGACAGUAACAAUAGUGCAACUAGUGGGUCAAGGCCACCAUGCACUGUGACUGAAGUUGAAGGAGCAAAGCUUGUCGCAGGGAUGAUCAUGAUAUGGCUAGUGACCCUCAUUCCUAGCACAAUUUGGGCCCAAAUUAACACUCUCUUUGUUAAACAAGGCACCACCCUGGACAGACACUUAAGCCCGAACAUCCAAAUUCCAGCAGCAUCGCUUGGAAGUUUUGUUACAUUCUCAAUGCUAGUUUGUGUCCCGAUGUAUGACAGGUAUUUUGUGCCACUCAUGCGGAAGAAAACAGGGAACCCAAGGGGAAUAACUCUACUUCAAAGGCUUGGAAUUGGAUUCGUAAUACAAAUCAUAGCCAUUGGAAUCGCUUAUGUAGUGGAAGUUAAACGAAUAGAUGCUAUUAAGGUGCAUCACAUCUUAGGGCCUCAAGAAAUUGUCCCAAUGAAUAUAUUUUGGCUAUUGCCUCAAUAUGUUCUCUUAGGUGUUGCAGAUGUAUUUAAUGCCAUUGGAUUGCUUGAGUUCUUCUACGAUCAGUCCCCUGAAGACAUGCAAAGCCUUGGGACAACAUUCUUCACUAGUGGAAUCGGGGUGGGGAACUUUUUAAAUAGCUUUCUGGUGACAAUGGUUGAUAAAGUAACAGGAAGCAAUGGAGGAAAGAGUUGGAUCGGAAAGAAUUUGAAUGAUUCCCACCUCAAUUACUAUUACGGGUUCCUCUUGGUUAUAUCUGCACUGAAUCUGGGAGCUUUCCUGUGGGCGUCAAGCAAGUAUAUCUACAAGAGAGAGUCAGUGAAAACUAAGGAUGGAAGUGGUAAUAUUGAAGGUGUAGCUCUGGAGACAAUUACCUUAGGGCUACCUUAGUGUUAAUGAGGUUCACAAUAACUACUCAAAGCCUGUAAAAACCUAAGCUUUAUUGUAUUGAAGUAGUGAUCUCUAGGUGUGUAAUAUGUGUCCUAAUGGUGCUUCAACUUUAGAGCUCCAGGAAUGGAACUAAAAUUUAGCAGCUGGGAAAACUGCUCCAAAAUAUGUAUGGUUUACAAUGUUAUGUUCUAACAUAACAGUACAAAUAGGUUGAAUUAUAUGGACUAAAUCAAUUGAUCAGCAUUAUAUUUUUAUGCGGUCUGUUUUAUUUAA